AUGUACUUCUUUAUUACACAGCUAUCGAUAUGUGACCUCCUGGUGACUGCAGAUAUUGUACCGACCCUACUUCACACAGUAUUGUAUGCAGGAAGUAGCAUAACUCUCAUCGGCUGCAUAACCCAAUAUUCUGUCUUUGCCAUCUCGGAGUCCUCAGAAUGCCUUCUUCUGUCACUGAUGUCUUAUGAUCGUUAUGUGGCCAUCUGCAUCCCUCUCCAUUAUCACUCUAUCAUGAACCAUAACUUUUGCAUCACAUCAGUAAGUGUUAUUUGGUUGGUGGCUUUUACAAUAUCACUGAUCAAUAUCAUCUGUAUCUAUAGCUUUUAUUUUUGUGGACCACAUGUUAUUGACCAUUUCUACUGUGACUAUGAACCCAUAGUGCAGCUCUCCUGCUCGGACACAACCAUCAUAGAAGAAAUUAAUCUUAUAUUGGGAUUUUUAGUUGUUACAGGACCUUUUAUAGUCAUUUUGAUGUCCUAUGUGUACAUUGUCACCACUAUUCUGAAGAUCCCAUCCAAUACCGGAAGACAUAAAGCCUUCUCCACAUGUAGCUCCCAUGUCAUUGUGGUUUCCUUAUUUUAUGGGACAAUAAUUAUUGUUUAUAUGUUUCCUACAGCAGGACAAUCCCUGACCCUGAGGAAGAUCUUGUCUCUGAUGUACACUGUGUUGACCCCCCUGCUUAAUCCUAUUAUAUACACUCUAAGGAACAAAGACCUUAAAGAGGCCUUUCAUAAACUUAAUCUUUUUUUCUGA